GUCUAUUCUCUAUUCUCUUGUUCACUUUCACUCUGACGGUUUAUGUGUUUAUUUACAUACAUGUGUUUUUGACAAUUGCCCAUUCGAACUGCUUCGUCCAUGAACGAACCGAGUACACACAGUACAGGGAUCUCGAUUUAUGAAAACACCUGAGAAAAACCGUCGUGUCCAUUUAUUUAUUUAUGUGAAAAUUAGUAAACAAUUGUGUCAUCAUGCUAAAUAGUAUUUAAUAAUCUUCAAAUAGUGGUAGGUGUUUGAAUCAGUUGAGUCUGUGGACACAUGUGAGGAGUUGUGAGGUGUUUUUUAAUCAUCUGAUUGUGUUGUGAUAUUUUUUAUCAUCUUGACGAAAUGGACGAAGAGGAUCUUACUGUACGAGUAGCUGUCAGAAUUCGGCCUCAGAUACCACGAGAAAUCAUCGACAUGUGCCAUAUAUGCACAACUGUGACACCAGGGGAACCACAGGUUACUUUGGGCAACGACAAGUCUUUCACUUAUGAUUACGUCUUCGACACAGAUUCUUCCCAAAAUGAGAUUUACGAAAAUUGUGUGGCUUCCACGGUGGAGUCAUCACUGGAGGGGUACAACGCAACAGUAUUAGCAUAUGGACAAACGGGCUCCGGUAAAACCUAUACAAUGGGUUCAGGAUUUGACGUGGAUAUGGGUAACAAGCAAAUCGGAAUCAUACCCAGAGCUAUACAUCACCUAUUCGACAGUAUACAAAACCGCAUUCAGCAAGCAAGAGAAAAUGGUGUUGUAGCGCCUGAAUUUAAAGUAUCAGCACAAUUCAUGGAACUGUACAAUGAAGAAGUUAUAGAUCUCUUCAACCCAGGCUACAAUAAGGAAAAAGUUUACAAGAUACACGAGGACCCAUGUGGCGGUAUCGUGGUCAAAGGAGUGACUUUCAAAAAUGUGACUUCAGCGGAAGAAGCACUGAAGUUUCUCAGACUAGGUGCACUGUCCAGGACUACAGCAAGCACUCAGAUGAACACACAAUCUUCCAGAUCACAUGCUAUCUUCACGCUCCACAUAAAACAACAAAGAUUGGUGCCAUCUUCAGACAGUAAUAUAAACGAGUUUGAAACGUUUACGGCAAAAUUCCACUUUGUUGAUCUGGCUGGCUCAGAAAGGCUCAAAAGGACGGGCGCAACAGGUGAAAGAGCGAAAGAAGGAAUUAACAUUAACUGUGGACUAUUAGCUUUAGGAAAUGUUAUAUCUGCGUUAGGUGAUAAAAGUAAAAAAGCUUUACACGUUCCUUAUAGAGAUUCAAAAUUAACGAGAUUGCUACAGGAUAGCUUAGGCGGUAAUAGUCGUACUGUGAUGAUAGCUUGUGUUAGUCCAAGCGAUAGGGAUUUCAUGGAGACUUUAAAUACAUUAAAAUACGCUAAUAGAGCACGUAACAUAAAGAAUAAAAUUGUUAUUAAUCAGGAUAAGAGUUCUAAAACGAUUUCAUUGCUUAAACAACAAAUUGCACAAUUACAAUUAGAAAUAGUUGAAUACAAACAGGGCAAAAGAAUUGUAGGGCAAGAUGGUACUGAAAUGGUAAACGAUAUGUUCUACGAAAAUAAUAUGUUACAAGUAGAAGUGAAUAACUUGAAGACGAGAGUUAAAGCUAUGCAAGAUACUAUUGACUCAUUAACUCUCAAAAACACUAAUCUACUAGCUGAGAAAGCUACUGGAGCUUGGAUAGGAAGUGGAAACGACAACGACGUAGCAUGUAUGGUCCAGUCUUACUUGAAAGAAAUAGAAGAAUUACGUACCAAACUGAUGGAAUCCAAUAAUAUAUGUGAACAACUGAGAAAACAACUAACUAGAGCGCAAAGCUCACAAUAUCAAACGUCCUUAUUGGAAUCAUCCAUUGAGGGUAAUUCCUGCCUUUUAGAAGAAGCGAAAAAAGAAAUUCAAAGGGAAAAGGAUAUGUUGCGGAAAUCACGGCUAGUUUCAGAAAGAGAAACGAUGGAAUGUGAGGAAGAAAAUGAAGACAAUGAAUUGGACACUGAUAACGAAUGGAAAGAUAUAGACUCUGAAUCAAUGAAAGAUGAGUUGUUAAAUAUCACGCAAGAUAUUGAUAUGAAACAAAAGCUAAUUGACGAGUUAGAGUUAUCCCAAAGAAGAAUGCAGACAAUGAGACAACAUUACGAAGACAAACUACAGCAACUUCAGUUACGUAUAAAAGACACACAAGAUGAAAGAGAUAAAAUUCUACAUUCACUUGGUCCGCAAACUGAUUCCAAUGAAAGAAUGAAAAAAAUUAAAGAUGAAUAUACCAGAAAGUUGACCGAUAUGCAGAAAGAUUUAAAGAAAUUACAAGCAGCUCAGAAAGAACAUGUGAGAUUGGUCAGGAGUCAGAGUCAUCAUGAGAAUCAAUUAAAAUCUUACAAAAACGAAUUGUUAGAACUUAAACGAGCCAAAGUGAGAUUAAUAAAUAAAAUGAAAGAAGAAACACACAAACAUAAAGAAGCUGAAAUGAAGAGACUGAGGGAAAUAGCACAACUGAAAAAAGAAUCACGGAAAAGCGCUAGUAUGAUAAAAUCAAUGGAGGCUGAAAGAAAAAUUAAGGAUCAAGUUUUGAAAAGAAAACAAGAAGAAGUUUCAGUUUUGAGAAAGAGUCAAAGAGGGAUGCUGAGUAUGAAGGCAGCCGGGCUUCUUAAUAAAUGUUUUUCUGAAAAAGCAGCUAAACAGAGAUGGUUACGAGUUGAAAAGGCAAUCAAUAAUAUUGCUUUGAACAGAAGAGGAUUGGUUGAACAAGAGAUCAGAAUGGAGCAUUUUCUGGAAAAACGAGAAGCUUUAAGAAAAGAAUUGGAAGUCCUAGAAGGAAGAAGGAAACUAGCCAUUCAAAAAAAUCUGGAUAUUACUCAAUUGGAAAGCUAUAUAGAAGACAUAAAUGAAAAUAUAAACUAUGUACAAGAAGCAAUAGCUGAAACACAACAUAAUGUUAUGGAAAUUGAGGAGAACCAAGACAACAGCGAUAACCAAGAUUUGCAAAAUGCUAUUGAUACAAUAUGUGAUAUGGAAGAAGCUAAGUACCUUAUAAAAAAAUUGUACCCUAUGGCACUAAGUCAAAGCCAUGCUGUAGCACAAAGAGAUGCAAAAUUGAAAGAAAAUGAAGCUACAUUACAAGAACUGAAACAAGAAAAUAAUAUUAAGGGUCAGUUGCUUGAUCAUGUCCUCCACAAUGAAAUUCCAAUAUUUGGUAAAGAACUCAUCACUAGCGUCUCAAGCAACGCCAAUGAUACAACUAGUUCAACGACUUCCUCAAGAUCUUCUUCUCCCGUUGAUUCACAAAUGCUUCUUCCUCCAGAAUCUCAUGUUAGACCUAAAGUCAGAAGAAGACAAGCUAAUACUGCAGAACUUCUUUUUGGAUUACCCUCUGUGGAAAGAUCAUCAGAACCGAGUUCUUUCUGAUACCCUCCACUUCAGUAUUCCUAAAAUCGAAACUGGUGAAGAUGAAAUUAUGAUAGAUGACCGUCUUGCUCCGAGUGCUGAGUUUUGCCCAGAAAUUGGAACAGAAUUGCCUACUUUUAAUAUAAUAAAUUUUUUAUGUGAGUUUAUUGUUAUUUAUUAUAAAGUAUUGUUGCAAC